AUGUCGGAUCUGGACUCCCUCGUCGACGAGCAAGAUCUUAACGAACGUUACGUCGAUCUUCACGCCUACCAAACGCAUGAUGGCAAUCGCCCGCUUUUACAGAAUGAAGACCGUCGCAACGACAACCUAAAGGAUCGUUUCAUUGGUGCCAUUGAUCAGGGGACCACCAGUUCCCGUUUUAUCAUUUUCGACUGCGCUGGAAAUCCCGUGGCGAAAUACCAGACCGAAUUUCGUCAGAUCCACGAACACUCAGGGUGGCACGAACAAGACCCCUGGGAGUUGGUGGAUUCGGUGUACAUCUGUAUUGAGGAGGCCAUGAAGACAUUCCUCGCCCUCGGCCAUUCCACGGAUGAAAUCGAGGCCGUUGGCAUCACCAGUCAGCGAGAGACGACAUUGUGCUGGGACUGGGAAACCGGCGAACCGCUACACAACGCUAUCGCAUGGCCCGAUACCCGAACCAAGGGUCUGGUCCGCGAGCUGAAGUCCAGGCCUGGGGCAGACGAGCUCAAGAACAUCUGUGGUCUUCCGUUGUCCACAUAUCCAUCUUCGGUCACGCUAGUAUGGAUGCUGGAAAAUCUACCUGAAGUCAGGGCUGCCUACGAUGAGGGUAGGCUCGCGUUUGGAACGGUCGAUUCGUGGCUUAUCUAUAACCUGAACGGUGGUCCGGCUGGUGGCCGCCUCGCCACUGACGUGACCAAUGCAUCGCGAACCAUGUUUAUGAACCUGGAAACGCUCGACUAUGAUGACCGGUUGCUGAAUUUCUUCGGGUUGGAUAGGAACAAGAUUCGACUGCCGAAGAUCGUCCCGUCAGCAGACCCCGAGGGUUACGGAAGCAUCAGCUCGGGCCCGCUGGAAGGGAUCCCGAUCACCAGCUGUCUGGGUGAUCAGUCGUCAGCAUUAGUUGGUCACUGCGCCUUUACGCCCGGAAGCGCCAAAAACACAUACGGCACGGGAUGCUUCUUGCUAUAUAAUGUCGGUGAGAAACCGGUCAUCUCGAAACACGGCCUUCUAGCCACAGUGGGCUUCCAGUUGGGUAAAGAUCGAAAACCUGUGUACGCAUUAGAAGGCAGUGUGGCUGUUGCUGGUAGCGGUGUUUCAUUUCUCAUGAACAAUCUGGGUUUCUUCCGUGACUCGCGAAAAGUCAGCGACCUUGCGGCAUCCGUUCCCGACAGCGGGGGCUGUGUUUUCGUCACUGCAUUUAGCGGUCUGUUCGCACCUUACUGGAUCGAUGAUGCCAAGGGAACUAUCUUUGGCAUCACUCAACACACUCAGAAGGGACAUAUCGCCCGAGCGACCAUGGAGGCGGCUUGCUUCCAAACCAAGGCAAUUCUUGACGCCAUUGAGGUGGACAGUGGUCACAAAUUGACCCAACUUGCUGUUGACGGUGGAAUGAGCAACUCCGAUAUCUGCAUGCAGACCCAAGCAGACAUCGUUCAGAUCCCCGUCGAGCGCCCAGCUAUGCACGAGACCACCGCGUUGGGAGCAGCCAUCGCUGCCGGCUUCGCCAUCAAUGUCUGGAAAGAUUUCAGCGAUCUCAAAGACAUGAAUCACGCCAACCGCACGUCCUUCAAACCCCGUAUCUCUACAAAGCAGAGUGCGAAGAUGUAUAAGCGCUGGUCCAAGGCCGUCGAGAUGUCUCGGGGCUGGACUGACUCGAGUGAAAUGGAAGGAGGAGACGACGAGUGA